UGUAGCCACAGCUGUGAGGAAGCAUCUGUAAGGAAGCAGCUGUAAGGAAGCAGCUGUGAGGAAGCAGUGUGUGGACACAGAUGAAGGCUGGCUCCUGAGCUGCUCUGGUGUUGUGUGUUGUGGAAGUGGUGUGUUGGUGAAUCAGCACACAGUCUGCGUUUCACACCGAGCUGCUGCUGCUGCUGCUGCUGCUGAGGAUCCUGAGCUGCUCAGCCUCUAAUCCGUCAAGCUUCUCCUUCUGCUGCAGGAUUAUUUCAUGACUGCUGAACACAGACACUUGUGAAGGAUUCGGCUUUGCUGUGCUGGAAGAGAAGCUCAGGAGCCAUGGAGAAGGUCUUCAUUCUGCUCAGCGUAACCCUCCUGGCCGCAGGUAUUCGUGGUCAGACGCAGAGCUCUGACGUGCAGGAGCUGGCCAGCCGGAGCACAGACUUCGCCACGGCGCUGUACCGCAAGAUUGCUAGCAUGAGCGAUGAUAACUUUGCGAUCUCGCCUUUAGCAGCCGCUCUGAGCCUGGCGUCUCUGGCAGCAGGAGCUGGAGAGAGCACAAGCAAAGAGCUGCUGCAAACACUAAACCUGGCUCCUAUGGAGAGAGACGGAGAACCGGAUCAGAUCCCCACGUUGCUGCAGCAGAUGAGGGAAGCUGUAGCUCAGACUGUAGCGACGGGUCUGUUUAUCAGCCAGCAGGUCCAGGUCGAGUCCAGCUUCAGCAGCCAGGUGAAGAAGUUCUACAGCGCAGAUGUGAAGAGUGUUGAGUUCUCCAACACACAGGCCACUAAAGCCAUCAUCAAUGAGUACGUUACAGGCAGCACCGGGAACAAGAUCAGGGAGGUGCUGGACGCCGUGGAUCCUCAAAGCCAGCUCAUGCUCAUCAGUGCCGCAUAUUUUACAGGCCAGUGGAAGCUCCCGUUCAAUGCCACCUUCACUCAGGAGGAGCGCUUCUAUGUUGAUAAGUACCACAUCGUCCAGGUGCCUAUGAUGAUCCGCUCAGAUAAAUACUACCUGGCGUAUGACCCGUCUCUGAAGGUGGGCAUUCUGAAGCUGCCGUGCACUGACGGUACCGCCAUGCUGGUCCUCCUGCCGGAUGAAGACGUAGAUUACACGUCUGUGGAUGAAGCCCUGACUGCUGAAGUGUUCCUCAGAUGGGUAGCAAAGCUGAAGAAAACGAAGUUAGAGGUCCUGUUGCCCAGGUUCUCCGUGGAGUACUCCUUCUCUCUGAAGAAAAGCCUUCCCAGUCUGGGCUUUACCAAAUUCCAGGAUAAUAGCGCAGAUCUGUCAGGAAUCAGCAAAACCUCUGAGCUGAAAGUGUCUGAGGCAACGCAGAAGGUCCUGGUGGAAGUGGACGAGCGAGGAAGCUCGGCCGCUCCGUCCUCCAGCAGCCUCCUCAUGGAGACUCUUCCUCCGAGGCUCACCUUCAAUCGGCCCUUCCUGUUUCUCAUCUAUCACGAGGCCACUAAAAGCCUGCUGCACAUGGGCCGUGUGAUCGACCCCACUAAGAAGUAGUCAUGUUUGCAUUCAUGCAUCACCUGAAACAUAUUUAGCGUACCCUUUCGUCUGUGCACUGAUUAGAAUAACUGGAAUCUGCAUUGUACAAAAGCUUACGUCUGUAUGUACUGUAACACGCUAAACAGUUAUCUACAUGGAGUAAUUAAUCGUUAUUAAUAUCAAUGCUUACUCGUCAAGCUAACUUUAUAUGUUACUAUCUAAUUCACCUGUAUUAAAGUCAUAUUUAACCCUUAUACCACAGUGCUUCUAAUUCUGGAUUCUGAUUGGUCAGAAGCUAGCAGCAGCUUUUAUAUUAAUGCGCUUGUUCUAAUACAUUACCGUUUCUAUAGUUACAGCUCAUACACAGGGUCAUGUAGGUGGAUGAUCUACAUAAACAGAUGAAAAAACGUGUGUAUUUGUAGACAUGGUGAAGUUUUAUGUAACAUUGAUGGAAGGAAGGAGUCUCCAGUGUCAGCGCUUUGUUACAGUCAGACUUAGAGCUGUAACUUUAAGCUUUCCAACAUGGUCAGGACAGAGGAGUUUACGCUUCUUUGUGGUUUCUCAGUAACGAACAAGCUGCAUUUUUUUCUCGUAUUAACUUCAAAAGAGAAAAGGAUAACAUUAGAUAUGACGUGUCAUUCUUUAAUAAAUCAAAAUUGCAAUUGUUAGCUGAUACCUGUGGUAUAAGAGGAAUAAAACACUAGGGGAAAUGCAGUAACAGUAACUCUGCUUCCUCACACCAUCCUGUCAUGUUUUAUUCCUUACUGCUGAUGUUAUGUACAGCGGUUGUCUUUAAACGUGCUUUAUAAAUAAAAUUUGACUUGACUUGA